GUGGUGCAGGCAGGAGUUUCCUCAGGAGGAUCCUUGGCACGAGCAGCAUCUCCCUGCCCAGGGGCUGUGUUCGCUACCAGGGAGACUCCCAGGAGAACUCUGCCCAGCCCAGCUCCUCUCACCAUGCUCAGUCCCAGCUGAGGAAAGUGGCCUUUUCUGGUGCCAUCAAGAAGCACCAGAAGAGCCUGUCUGCGUGGUUCAGCCACCAGCCCAAUGAGGAGAGGCAGUUUGGCCCUUCCUUCUCUCUGGACGCCGUCCACGUGGACCCAGUGAUCCGGGAGAGCUCCCUGGAGGAGAUUCUGAAGCCCUCCCCUGGUUUAACCAUCCAGAACCAGCUCCAGCAGCCCUCCAGGAAGGUUAUCAGCCUGCACAGCCUGUUUGACGUGGACGCCUGCGGGCGGCAGGUGAAGAACGUGGUGCUCUACGGCACCGUGGGCACAGGCAAGAGCACCCUCAUCAAGAAGAUGGUGGUGGACUGGUGCCACGGCCGCCUGCCCCGCUUCCAGCUGGUCAUCCCCUUCUCCUGCGAGGACCUGUCCCACAGCCAUGCCCACGUGUCCCUGCGGCGCCUCGUCACCAAGAAGUACCAGCACCUCCGGGACGUGGUGCCCGUGCUGGAGACCUCCAACCUCAGCGUGCUCUUCAUCCUCAACGGCCUGGAGCGCCUCAACCUGGACUUCCGCCUGGCUGGCACGGAGCUGUGCUGUGACCCCAACGAGCCCGUGCCUCCCUCUGCCAUCGUGGUCAACCUGCUGCGGAAAUACCUCCUGCCCGAGGCCAGCAUCAUCGUCACCACGCGCCCCUCAGCCGUGCGCCGCAUCCCCGGCAAGUACGUGGGGCGCUACGCCGAGAUCUGCGGCUUCUCCGACACCAACCUGCAGAAGCUCUACUUCCAGAUGCGCCUGAGCCAGCCCGGCUGCUCCGGGGAGGAGAGCCAGGAGCGCCGCUCAGCGGAGCAGGAGAACCUGGUGGAGAUGCUGUCGAGGAACUUGGAGCGCCACAACCAAAUAACGGCCGCCUGCUUCUUGCCCUCCUACUGCUGGCUGGUGUGCACCACCCUGCACUUCCUCUACUUCACCAGGACGGUUCCUCCCAGCCAGACCCUCACUGGUAUCUACACCAGCUUCCUGAGGCUCAACUUCAGUGGGGAGGUGCUGGACAGCAGCGACCCCACCCACAUCUCCAUGAUGAAGUACGUGGCCAAGACAGUGGGCAAGCUGGCCUACGAGGGGGUGAUGUCCCGCAAGACUUGCUUCUCAGAGGAGGACCUGAGGCAGUGCUUCGAGGUGGAGAUGAAGACUGAAAGAGAGCUCAACCUCCUGGAGGUUUUCCGCAGCGAUGUCUUCCGUUUCUUCCUGAGCCCGUGCGUGCAGCCGGGCAAGGAGCACACCUUUGUCUUCACCAUCCCCGCCAUGCAGGAGUACCUGGCAGCCCUGUACGUGGUGCUGGGCGAGAAGAAGACCCUGGUGCAGAGAGUGGGGAAGGAGCUGUCAGAGGUCCUGGGGAAGGUGAGCGAAGACGUGGCCGUGGUUGUGAACAUCAUCUCCAAGGUGCUGCCCCUGCGCUUCCUCCCCGUGCUCUUCAACCUGCUCAAGAUCUUCCCUCGCUACUUCUCCCGGGUGGGCGGCAAGGACAGGGACACCAUUGCCCACACCAUGGCAGAGGAGCUGUUCAAGGAGGAGGACUACUACAACGACGACGUCUUGGACCAGAUCAACUCCAGCAUCCUGGGCGUGGAGGGCCCCAUGCGCCACCCCGAUGAGGGCCCGGAUGACGAGGUCUUUGAGCUCUUCCCCAUUUUCAUGGGCGGGAUCCUGUCCCGCCGCAACCGCGCCAUCCUGGAGCAGCUGGGCUGCUCCAUCAAGAACCUGGCAGCCUUCGAGAUCGCCAAGGCCAUGAAGAAGACGGUGAUCAGGAAGGGCCGCCGGGGCCUGCCCCCCUCGGAGCUCAUGGACUACCUGUUCUUCCUGCACGAGUUCCAGAACGAGCGCUUCACGGCCGAGGCCAUCCUCUCCCUCCGUGCUGUCAACCUCUCCUCCGUCAAGAUGACCCCUCUCAAGUGCUCCGUGCUGGCGUCUGUCAUGAGCACCACGAGUCACGAGGUGGAGGAGCUGAACCUGACCUCCUGCAACCUGGAUAGCGGCAGCUUGAGGACCCUCUUCCCCGUCCUGCUGCGAUGCAAGGCUCUCCACCUGCAGCUCAACAGCCUGGGCUCCGAUGCCUGCAAGGAGAUCCGUGACCUGCUCCUGCAUGACAAGUGUGCGGUGAGCAGCCUGCGGCUGGCCAACAACCCCGUGGGCGAGCAGGGCGCUCGCUACCUGGCCGAGGCGCUGGCCGGCAACCGCUCUCUGACCCAGCUGUCCCUGCUGCACACCUCGCUGGGGGACCCCGGCGCCGAGGCCAUCGCUGAACACCUGGCCCAGAACCAGCACCUGCAGGAGCUCAACCUGGGCUACAACUCCCUGACGGACGCGGCAGCGCUGCGCGUGGUGGAGGUGGCCAAGAGGCACGAGACGCUGGACAAAGUGCAUCUCUACUUCAACGACAUCAGCGAGGAUGGCAAGAGGGCUCUUGACUCCCUGCGCAUGGACCGGGACGGCGUCAGGGCUCUGGUUUUCCUCACGGCGGGCACCGACGUCUCCGAUUACUGGUCCCACAUCCUGAACGUGGUGCAGAGGAACCUGCCCUUCUGGGAUCGCGAGCGGGUCCGGCAGCACCUCGCCCUCCUGCUGCAGGACCUGGAGAGCAGCCGCAGCCAGACUGCCAACCCCUGGAGGAAAGCCAAAUUCCUGCGAGUCGAGAGCGAGGUCAAGAAAAUGCUGGGGGAACUGCAGGACGGGAGCCUCUGACCUGCUGCCCAUCCACCAGCCAGGGUGGGGCAGUGGAGUGUGCCCAGCAGCACGUUCCCUGUGCCCUCACCCACCUGGAGAUGCUGGGUGGAUGGUGCUGUCACAGGUGCUGGGUGUGCGGGGCUCAGCCUCAUCUGCAGGCAAGGCUCGAGUGUGGGAAUGGCACAGAAACCAGGCCAGGAGCAAAUGGGACUUGUUCUUCUGGGCCUGUGGAAAGCCAGCCCCUGCAGCCUGGCCAGAGUGCUGGCAGGGAGCAGGAUUGGGGCUUGUCUGUGAAGCUUUUGGGAGCAUUAAAGUGCACCUCUCUAUUUCCACUGAA